AUGCAACGUUCUCUUGCGACACAGAGGGAAAAAACCUUAUGGACCAAUUCUGGAAUAUAUUCGUCGAUCGCAAAAUUUAACGAAGCAAGUAUCUCAUCUGCCUCAUUUUCUGCAUUCAUAUCUAGCAAUUUUGAAGCAAUAGCUAAGCCCGAAGCAACUACCACGCACAUAAGUAAAAGUCAACAAAGGCCACAUAAAAAUCAUCAUACUACCGUACAGCGAAAAAGUGAAAAAAAGAAUAAAGAACCUGAUUACAUAACCGCUUUUUCAAAAGAAUUGAAUAGAGCAAAAGCGAAUUAUAACGAGAGGUUUCCGUUCUCUGAGCUUCCCUUAGGAUACUUGCAUUACGCUUUAACAAAUGUACCGCCCCAGUCAAAUCCCUUGCCUGGCAGUGUCGAACAUGACUAUUUAUAA